AUGCAAAUCGACGUAGACGAGUUCCAACAAUCUACCAUCGCUUUUAACAAUUGCAUGUAUACACCCGACCCCGAGGGAUGCAUGGAUUACCUCGAAGAAAACCUCGAAGACCCAAGCAUGUCUAUCGGAAAGGGACCUAUAUUUCCUGAAGCUGGACACAACCGUGUUUUCAUUCGCAAGAGCCCUCAUUGUCCGACUAUGAGCAGAUAUCUUCGAGAGUUGAAGGGAGCUGUUCAUAAAUUUGACGCUGGGGUUAUUCAGCUCGUCCCUAGCUGCAGGUCUGAUAUUCGCUGGUACGGAUGGCCAAUGGUGCAUGUUGUGAAUAUCGUUGUUAAUAGGAUAAUAUGUUGCUAUGCGGGUACAUUGAAGAUUGCACUGCGCUCCGAAGCCGGUUAUUUCUUCAAUGAACGCAAGGAGUGUCUGAAUGGAAUUGAGGAAAAUGCUUCGCCCUCGGACGAUUAUACUCCUGAACAGAUUGUGGGUUAUUUUAAGGACUUUUAUGCAGCUUUUGAGGGGCUUCAUGAGGGGGUUGCUGAGCGGAUUCCUAAGUAUAGUGGUGAUAUUGCAAACUAUACCAGUGAAAUGCAGGAUGCUGUAAAAAAAACGUUACAAAUUUUUAUGGAUAGGUGAUUGAAAUGAAUGUCUCAUGUCCUGUACGAAGAUAGAGUAGAAGCAUAGUUUACUGUCAUUCCAUCAUGGCUCAUACAUUCCGAUAUAUGCCAGCCCGCAUGUCUUUUUAGUUCUUUUUUGAGAAUUUUUGCUUGUAGUGUUGCUCUGUUUAUAUCAAAAUAGAGACAUGAUAAUAAAUAAACAGAUUAAAAAGAAAAAAGGUCCCCUCCACACACUUUUUAAUUGCUUCCAUUCAUCAUCACGACAUCUCCCAUCUAUGCCCUCGACAUAACACCCCAAGCACGGAUCUUGUUGUCGGUGUAACCAGCGAACAGAGUCU